GCCCCUAAUAAGCGGUCUCGAUUAAACUAGGCAGCCGCGCACUAGAAGACCAUCUCCAGUCCGCGCCCAUAGUCCCGGUGAAUCACAUUGUCACGAACAAAUUGGCCAUCAUCCGAGUGUUACAGCGACAGCUACCAGCUAUCCAUAGUCCGCAUCACUGCCGAACAUCUUCUCGCCAGCCAGCCUCGAAUACCACAAUAACGGCACCAUGUCUCUCCAAGCAGUCAUGAACUUUGACAACUUCCACAAGGCGAAGCUGGUCGAAGACAUGGCCUCGAAGUCCAUGCUCCGUCCGAACCCGCGACUCGAGCAGACCCUCGCCAGCUCCACCGCCGCGGGCAUCCCGCCGAUCAGCGUGCGGCCCAUGGCCGGACAAUUCCUCUCUGUCUUGACACGGGCCAUGGGCGCCAAGUCCGUUCUCGAGAUCGGCACGCUGGGCGGGUACUCGGCUAUUCUGUUUGCCGAGGCAGGCGCGCGCGUCACAACCGUCGAGAUCGACCCCAAGUGCCACGAGGUGGCGGUGGAGAACACAAAGGGCCUGGACAUCGAGGUCGUCCUAGGAUCCGGGCUGGAGGUCAUGCCCAGGCUUGCCGAGGAGGGCAAGAAGUUCGACAUGGUCUUUAUCGAUGCGCACCUCGAUGACGAGUGGGAGCAUUUCGACUGGGCCGUCAAGCUGACCAGGCCAGGCGGCUGUAUCGUACUCGACGACGUGGUGGCUGCGCUGUUCUACAAGGGCCUGGUCAACGAGGACGAAGGGGCAGCCAAGGAGACGUUCAUGGGCAGGAUCGGGAGCGACGAGCGUGUCAGCGUAGCGCUGAUGCCAACUGUCGCCACGCACCCCAUGUCGCCAACGCCAAUGUUCAAUGGCUUCAUCAUGGCAACGGUUCUGGGCGAAUGAAACACUGGCCGGGGGCCUGGCGGGAACGCUUUGAGCACCCCUUGUCCUAAUCCGCCGGCAAGGCUGGGACAUGUGGACCACGGGGGACCAGCCGCCUCCCGUCCCUGUAUUUUUAUGAUCACUGCGCGGCGCACGUGCCCUUUUUUUGAAGCGGCGUGCACGCACGAUGUAAUACUAUCUCUGUAGAAUCAAGCCCGGGUGCCGCUUGUGCGCUGCAAUGGCGACGGACAAGCUGGCUUACUCCCCUCUGUUAUUCCUACAA